AUGACUGACAAAAAGCACACAAUCCCUCGGCGUGCGCUCCCUGGCAGCGAGCUCCCAGCACCAGCACCCCCUUACUCAACCUCCAUCAACGAAUCUAACGUGGGCGAUUCACAGAAUCAAUCGGUAGUUCCCAAUGAAAACGUGGACGCAGAAUCCCUUUCCGGUUUAUUCGACAGCGCGAAUGCAAACAACGUCACAGUUCGAGACGAUGCCCGCAUCGAAAUCGAUUGCGAUUCGAAAUUGGUACGCGCUCUUACAAGACUUUACAAGAGCCCCGCGCUGCCCGAUGAACCAACCCCAGAGUACUCAGAGAUCGAUCCGAGAAGCCCACGAUGGGACACGAAACUAAAUAUUGUUAUCCAAGUAGUCGGCAGCCGAGGAGACGUACAACCCUUCAUCGCGCUCGGUAACGAGCUCCAGAGAUACGGCCACCGCGUCCGUCUAGCGACACACGACACAUUCGAGAAUUUCGUAAAAGGCUCAGGUCUCGAAUUUUACCCUAUUGGCGGCGAUCCCGCGGAGCUCAUGGCAUACAUGGUCAAGAACCCAGGUCUCAUACCAAGCAUGCAGAGCUUAGCUGCUGGAGAGAUCCAGAAAAAACGCGUUAUGAUGGAAGAAAUGCUUGAAAAGUUCUGGCACUCAUGCAUCACACCUGAUCCCUCCACGGGCAGUCCGUUUGUCGCCGACGCUAUAAUAGCCAAUCCUCCGAGUUUCGCACAUAUCCACUGCGCCCAGGCGCUCGGCAUUCCUGUGCAUCUAAUGUUCACUAUGCCUUGGAGCAGCACCAGGGCGUUUCCACAUCCGCUUGCGAAUAUGAAGAAUGUGGGCAGUGACCCUCGACUGAAAAACUACAUGUCAUACACAGUGGUCGAGUGGUUGACUUGGCAAGGGCUAGGCGACAUCAUCAACAAAUGGCGGAGAUCGAUCGACCUAGAAGAAGUGGCCAUGUUUGACGCUCCUUUACUAGUACACACGCUGAAAAUACCCUUCACGUAUUGUUGGUCGCCAGCUUUGGUCCCGAAGCCCACAGAUUGGCCUGCACACAUAGACGUUUGCGGAUUCUUCUUUCGAGACCCUCCCACAUACUCUCCACCACAAGAUCUGCUCCAGUUCCUCCAAGCCGGUCCUCCUCCCGUUUACAUUGGAUUUGGCAGCAUUGUUCUCGACAAUCCUGAGAAAAUGGUCAACACAAUCCUCGAUGCUGUUCACGGCACUGGUGCUCGGGCCAUCAUCUCUAAAGGCUGGUCUGAACUGGGCGGUGUUGAGCAUGAGAAUGUCUUUUGGAUAGGUGACUGUCCCCACGAGUGGCUUUUCCAACAUGUUGCGGCAGUGAUUCAUCAUGGCGGUGCAGGGACCACGGCUUGUGGGUUGAAGAAUGGAAGACCAACGACUAUUGUUCCUUUCUUUGGCGACCAACCAUUCUGGGGUGACAUGGUGGCCAAAGCUGGUGCAGGGCCAAGUCCAAUUCCACAUUCCCAAUUGACUGUUGAGAAUCUCUCCCAAGCCAUUCGCUACUGUCUAUCCGAAGAGGCAUCGCAGGCAGCCAUGGCGAUCUCAGUCAAGAUGGAACGUGAAGAAGGUGUCAGGGCUGCUGUACAAUCAUUUCACAGACAGUUACCUUUGGAUCUGAUGCGGUGUGAUUUGGUACCAAACGAGCCAGCCGUAUGGCAGUAUGACAAGUCGAAGCAUCCCAUCAAUCUUUCCAAGGUUGCGGCAGAGAUGCUGCUAUCUGAGAAGCUUAUUGAGGUUAAACACCUGAAGCUCUAUCAAAGCAAACCUAUUGUAACGGAAACCACAAGAUGGGAUCCCGUGUCGGGUGGCGCUUCAGCAGUCAUAGGAAUAGCAGCUGAUGUGGCAGGUUCGUUUACCGGUAUAGUGACCAAACCAGUCGAGGAAUAUCGGGAGGAACACAAGCGGCGUGUUGGAGAAUUGAAAGGACCUCAAUCACAGAAUGACUUGCAUGAAACAAGUUCACUUUCGCCGGACAGUCUUUCGGUCGCCUCAACACAACCGAGAAGCGGAAGUUCUGGUGCGCUAGCUGGUAAAAUGGCAGUGGCAUCAGCUAAAAGCGUGGGUAAGAUAGCCCAAACCGCAACGAAAGGGAUGCUGGUCGAUUUUCCACUCGCCCUGACAGAGGGCUUACGAUCAGUCCCACGGCUAUAUGGCGAGGAAGUCAGGGACUUUGGCCCAGUCACGGACGCCAAGAGCGGAGUGAUAGUAGCAGGCAAAAACUUCGCCUGGGGACUCGCUGAAGGAAUAUCCGAUAUUGUGGUGCAACCAUACAAGGGUGCUAAGAAGGAGGGUACUUUGGGAGCCGCCAAAGGCCUUGGGAAGGGGGCGGUCCAGCUCGUUACUAAGAGCGGUUCAGGCCUCUAUGGCUUGGUUGGAUAUACGAGUGCGGGGAUUGCAAAGAGCUUGAGGACGGCUGUGUAUAGUUCAACACGGAAAGGGAUUGCGCAGGAGUGUCACAAAGAGGGUGUGUGGCUGUUGGAGAAUGGCGCUGGGGCGAAGGUGGAUUUGAGAGAAGUUGUUAGCAAUUUUCUCAUCAACACUCAUACCCUGACAUUGGAGGAGUUUGUCGGUCCGGACCGACCUCCUUACGUGAUUCUUUCACAUACUUGGGGCAAGGGAGAGGUCACUUUCCAGGAGUUUCGGAGUGGGUUGGAGUCCUACGAAUGGAAGCCAGGAGCACAGAAAAUCCUGAAAACCUGUGACUUAGCGAGGAGCAGAGGAUUUGACUACGCAUGGAUAGACACAUGCUGCAUUGAUAAAACCAGCAGCGUUGUAUUAGCCGAGGCCAUCAAUUCUAUGUUCGAGUGGUAUGCGUCAGCAGCAGAAUGCUACGUAUAUCUGCAGGACCUUGCCCCGGACGCAGACACUCAUACCCUCAAAAGCUCAAGAUGGUUCUCUCGAGGAUGGACACUGCAAGAGCUAUUAGCGCCUGACGACCUGACCUUUUUCGACCGAGAUUGGCAUCAGCGCGGUACUAAGCAUGAGCUCGCGGCCUUCAUUGAAGAGGCUACCGGAAUCAGCCAAGAAAUCCUUCGAGACAAGCAUCUACUGUCGCAAGUCCCAGUCUCCCAUAAAAUGUCAUGGGCAGCAUCUCGUCAAACUACACGACCCGAGGACAUCGCAUAUUGCUUAAUCGGUCUUUUCGACGUGAAAAUGAUUUUUAUUUAUGGAGAGGGCCGCAAGAAUGCAUUUUUCAGACUUCAAGAAGAAAUUAUGCGCCAAACAAAUGACAUGAGUAUUUUUGCAUGGCAAUCACUUUCAACUGACGAGAAGUACCGCGGAGUUUUGGCUUCUGGGCCUGAAGAGUUCGUCAACGGUUCUCUUUAUCAACAGGCGCGCACUGCUCUGGACACACCCGAGUUCACAAUGACCAAUAAAGGCGUCCGGAUACACUCUGGUCUAGAGUACACUGACGACGGAGUCAUUAUUCUUUGUCUGCAUCACUCCGACAGACAAAAUAAACAUGGCUUACUCGGAAUCUACUUGAGAGCAUACGGCGGCGGAACCUAUGCCAGGAUGAGGCCUUACGAGUUGGCAACUAUUGCAAAGCCUGUCGAGGGGCGAGUUGAACAGAGAUAUCUUAGCCCAAGAAUCUCCAAAGCCACGGAAAGAAAGCUAGAAACGGCUCUAGAAAACGCUAUACUCUUCAACUACUCGCUGGAAACCACGUUGUGGCAAUACGAGUCCACCACUCCGACCACCUGGUGGGACCAUGACACUCAAUUGUACCUAGGGGAUGGAAAUAAGUCAUUCACGGCUUUCCAUCUAUUUCGAAGUGACUGGCACAAUAUCGGUACGCCUCUCAAAUUCAUUGUUGCUUUCGGAAUAACUGAGAAUAACGUGGCCUGGGCUCAAAUCGACGCUGGCAAGUUGUACGACGUUGCUGUCAGUGGCCAGAUGCAUUUGGUAGAAGCGUAUAGACGCUGGAACAAUAGCUCUCAAGUUGCCACUUAUCACCAGAGCAUGCCGCACCUGAUAUCAAAUUGUGCGCACAAGGGCAAGCAUGAAGUUUGUAAGCCCUACCUUCAACAAAUUAUUUUGCCAUAUCAUCUAAAAGUGUCAAUCGCAACGGCUCUGAUACAUGGUUAUUCAACCUUCGUUAUCAACAUGACUGCGGAACCGCCGAUUCAUUUUGAUUUUCAUAUCUGGGAAGUGUUACUCACAUGUCUGGUGGCAUUAGUUCUUUUGUUCAUAUGUUUGAGGUAG